GAGGUGUUGGCGGCGGCGGCGGAGGGCGAGCGAGCGAGCGAAGGCGGCCAGUGGCAGCAGCGGAGGGGACGCCGCCGCCUUGUGCCUCCGGCGCUCUGCUGUGCGUGUGUGUCCGUCCUGCGGGGGCGCCUCUCCUUCUCGCUGGUGCGGAGAGGAGGAGAUGGGCCCGUGAGCGCUGCUUCCCCUCACAGCCGAGCUGCCUGAGCCGCCCCUCCUCCGCCUCCUCCUCCCUCCCUCCCCCUCCUCCUCCUCUUCCCUGUCCCCGGUCGGAGCGCUGCCUCCCCCUCCCCCCUCGGCGGCGCCCGUGGCCCGGCCGCGCCCUCCUGGUCCCCUCAGUCUCUCACACACAGGCCGGGCAUUGAUGGUAAUGUAUGCGAGGAAUAAGCAAAGACUCAAUGAUGGCUGUCACGACCGCAAGGGGGACUCGCAGCCCUACCAGGCUCUUAAGUACUCAUCAAAGAGUCACCCCAGUGGUGGUGAUCACCGGCAUGACAAGAUGCGAGACACCACAGACCCUUCACCACCAAAUAAAAUGUUGCGGCGAUCUGAUAGCCCUGAAAACAAGUAUGGUGACAACACUGGACACAGUAAAGCUAAAAGCAUGCAUACUCACAGAGUUAGAGAAAGGGAUGGUGGGACCAGUUAUUCUCCACAAGAAAAUUCUCAUAACCAUAGUGCUCUUCAUAGCUCAAAUUCACACUCUUCUAAUCCUAGCAAUAAUCCAAGUAAAACAUCAGAUGCGUCCUAUGAUUCUGCAGAUGACUGGUCUGAGCACAUUAGUUCUUCUGGCAAAAAGUACUACUAUAACUGUCGAACAGAAGUUUCCCAGUGGGAAAAACCAAAAGAAUGGCUUGAAAGAGAGCAGAGACAAAAAGAAGCAAGCAAAAUAUCUGUCAACAGUUUCCCAAAAGACAGAGAUUACAGGAGAGAGGUGAUGCAGGCAACUGCUGCUAGUGGGUUUGCUAGUGGAAUGGAAGAGAAGCAUUCCAGUGAUGCCGCUAAUAUGCUCCCACAGAAUAUUUUGUCUCAGACAAGCAGACACAAUGACAGAGACUACAGACUGCCAAGAACAGAGACUCACAGUAGUUCUACCCCAGUACAGCAUCCCAUCAAAACAGUGGUUCACCCAUCUACUACCCCAAGUUCUGUUCCACCUAGUCCAUUUUCUCUACAGUCUGACCACCAGCCAAAGAAAUCGUUUGAUGCAAAUGGAGCAUCUUCCUUAUCGAAACUGCCUACACCCACCUCUUCCAUCCCUUCACAGAAAACUGAGAGAAAAAGUUUGUCAGAAUCUAUGUCAGUGGACAAGUCUCUAUCCCACUCGUGCACAACUCCUUCCACAUCAUCUGCUUCUGGGCUGAAUCCAGCUUCUGCACCAACUUCAUCGGCUUCAACAGUUCCUGUUUCACCUGUUUCACAAUCCCCAAUUCCUCCAUUACUUCAGGACCCAAAUCUCCUUCGACAGUUACUACCUGCUCUUCAGGCCACAUUGCAGCUUAACAAUUCAAGUGUAGAUAUAUCCAAAAUAAAUGAAGUUCUUACAGCUGCUGUGACACAAGCUUCUCUACAAUCUAUACUUCAUAAAAUUCUCACUGCUGGACCAUCUGCUUUUAAUAUAACUUCCCUGAUUUCUCAAGCAGCACAGCUUUCCACACAAGCUCAGCCAUCUAAUCAGUCCCCAAUGUCUUUAACAUCGGAUGCCUCAUCACCAAGGUCAUAUGUAUCUCCAAGGAUAAGCACGCCUCAGACUAACACAGUUCCUCUGAAACCUUUGAUAAAUACACCCCCUGUAUCCUCACAGCCAAAGGUUACUACUUCAGGUGUUAAGCAAGGACCAGUUUCACAGUCGGCAUCUCAGCAGCAAGUGAUUGCUGACAAACAACAAGGUCAUGAACCUGCUUCUCCUCGAAGUCUUCAGCGUUCAAGUAGUCAGAGAAGUCCAUCUCCUGGUCCAAAUCAUACCUCCAAUACAAGUGCUUCUAAUACGACAGCAUCACAGAAUGCAUCCACACGACCUACGUGUUCAUUAACACCCACGUUAGCGGCACAUUUCAAUGAAAACCUUAUAAAGCAUGUCCAAGGGUGGCCUGCAGAUCAUGCAGAAAAGCAGGCAUCGAGAUUACGUGAAGAAGCUCAUAACAUGGGAAGUGUCCACAUGUCAGAAAUUUGUACUGAAUUAAAAAACUUAAGAUCUUUAGUUCGAGUAUGUGAAAUUCAAGCAACUUUGCGCGAGCAAAGGAUACUAUUUUUGAGACAACAAAUUAAGGAACUUGAAAAACUAAAGAAUCAGAAUUCCUUCAUGGUGUGAAAAAGUUGUGAAUAAUUGCACAUGGGUUUUGAGUACAGGAACUGUAAAACUGAUUGCCCAGUCUUAACAUUUUUGAGCUGCAUUUGAGUAGACUUUGGACCGUUGAGUUGGGCAAAAAUAAAAAAGAUAACAUGGGAAAGGGGACAGGAGGGGUGUCAUUCAGGGGAAGGAAACGAUGAUUUGUAAAACCCUUGAAAUGUAGAUUUCUUGUAGAUGUAUUCUUCACGUUGUAAAUAUGUUUUGUAGAGUGAAGCCAUGGGAAGCCAUGUGUAUCAGAGCUUAGACAUCCAAAACUAAUCAAUGCUGAGGUGGCUAAAUACCUAGCCUUUACAUGUAAACCUGUCUGCAAAAUUAGCUCUAUCUCUUUUUUAGUUAAUUUAUCAUUCAGAAAUCUUGCAUUUCCUAAAAUUCAAUGCAAGCGCCAGGCGAUCUGUGUCUCAAGGCUGCAACAGUUUGAAACAGUUUGGGUAAUGUACAAAAUAUCAUGAAACAACUGUUUCCACACUUGCACCGAAUCAAGAGCAGUGCUUCUCCAUUUCUGUUUUACAGAGCAGUGUUUUUCAUUUUCUGUGUUCAUUUCCCCCUUAAAAACCUAGAUCUGAUUUUAUCAGUUUUUUUUAAUUCUAAUUUCCUCCUUUCCUAAAGCACUGUUGCUAUGGCACUUUUCUAUAAUCUUUUCAUUCCUGUGUACAGUAGCUUAAAAUUGCAGUGAUUGAGCAUAACCCACUUGUUUGUAUAAAUUAUUGAAAUGUAUUUCCAUUUGCACCCUGUAAGAAUGGACUGGUAGUACUGCUGGGCAUGUGUGCUGAAAGUACAUCCCUUUUUCAAAUUAUAAGGAAACAGCCCAAUGAACAUGUCAACAUGGUUGUGGGAGGGAAAGAAGGAAAAAAAAAACUAGUCAGAUGUGAAUUGUAUCUGUUGUAAUAAACAUGUUUAAAACAAAGAAA